UGUCUCAGUGGGGCAGGGGGAGGGCAGCACAGACUGAGAUUUCAGGACAGACACCCAGAGGAAGCCGGAUCCCAUCACAACAAGCUGCUUGCCCACCCCCACUGCCGAGCUGAGCAUGAGUGAGCCGGCUGCAGCCUGGACACUGUGGCCGGGGGAGAGGCCUGGGAGUUUGCUUCGGAGGAGCUCUGGAAUGUAAGGUCUGACUCUGGGGAUUUCUCUCCUGGGCUGUGGGUGACAUGCUGCCUGCAGCCGGUACUUGUCACCAGGGUCAGCAGCUGCAUAUAUUAGGAAGCGUGAGAGACACAUAUCAGUGCGCUGAUCUCUAUUAACAACAUCGGAUAGAAAGGCCUGCGGCUUGCUGAGACCCCGUGCUGGGGUGACCUGUCAGCGGCCUGCGCUCUCAGCCCUGGGGACCAUGCAGCAAUCACCGCAAAAUUACGACUUCUUCAGCGAGGAGAACGGCAUGAAGUGGAGGGGACUGUUCGUGCCAGCACUGAGGAAGGUACAGCAGCAGGUGCACCCAACCUUGUCGGCUAAAGAGGAUUCUUUGUACUAUAUAGAGGAGCUGAUCCUCCAGCUCUUAAAUAAACUAUGCAUUGCACAGCCAAGGACUGUUCAGGAUGUGGAGGAGCGGGUCCAGAAAACCUUUCCACACCCAAUUGACAAGUGGGCCAUUGCGGAUGCACAGUCAGCCAUAGAGAAGCGGAAAAGAAGGAAUCCUCUCCUUUUGCCUGUAGAUAAAAUACAUCCUUCAUUAAAGGAAGUGCUCGGCUACAAAGUCGAUUAUCACGUGUCACUUUACAUUGUGGCUGUGCUGGAAUACAUCUCUGCUGACAUCCUGAAGCUAGCGGGAAAUUAUGUAUUUAACAUACGACACUUUGAAAUCUCUCAGCAGGACAUUAAAGUAUCCAUGUGUGCAGAUAAAGUAUUGAUGGACAUGUUUGAUCAGGAUGAUGACAUUGGAGUAGUUGCUCUUUGUGAUGAGGAGCCCUCAUCUAUAGGAGAGCUCAACUAUUGCGAUAUAGUUAGAACAGAAAUUGCUGGGGAGCGACAAUACCUGCGUGAGCUAAAUCUCAUCAUUAAAGUCUUUCGGGAAGCUUUCCUUUCAAACCAGAAGCUGUUUCAACCAUGUGAUAUAGACGCUAUCUUCAGUAACAUUCUAGAUAUUCAUGAGUUGACGGUGAAGCUUCUGGGUUUGAUAGAGGACACCGUGGAGAUGACAGAUGAAAGCAUCCCACAUCCUCUGGUGGGAAGCUGUUUUGAAGAUUUGGCAGAGGAGCAGGCCUUUGAUCCAUAUGAAACAUUGUCCCAGGACAUCCUUGCUGCUGAGUUCCAGGAUCAUUUUAAUAACCUCAUGACUAAACCAGCUGUGGCUCAAUAUUUUCAGUCAAAAGGAGAAGGCUUUAAAGAAGCAGUUCGAUAUGUCCUUCCACGUCUAAUGCUGGUUCCUGUUUACCAUUGUUUGCACUACUUUGAAUUAUUAGAGUUAUUGCAAGAACGAAGUGAAGACCAAGAGGAUAGAGAAUGUCUAAAACAAGCCAUCACUGCUCUUCUGAACUUGCGUUGUAGCAUGGAACGGAUUUACAAUAAGCACUCACCUCGUCGCAGGCCUGGUGAACCCAUAUGGCGACUUUACAGUAGUCAAAUACGCAGCAAACACCUGGCCAUUAAAAAGAUGAAUGAAAUUCAAAAAAAUAUAGAUGGUUGGGAAGGAAAAGACAUUGGGCAAUGCUGUAACGAAUUCAUCAUGGAGGGCUCAUUAACACGGGUGGGGGCUAAGCACGAGCGCCACAUUUUCCUGUUUGAUGGUCUGAUGAUCAGCUGCAAAACAAACCAUGGACAGUCCCGCAUACCUGGUUACAACACUGCGGAAUAUAGAUUGAAGGAAAAAUUUAUAAUGAGAAAAGUACAUGUAAAUGACAAAGAAGACACUUGUGAAUUCAAGAACGCUUUUGAGCUGCUCUCCAAAGAUGAAAAUAGUAUUGUGUUUUCCGCAAAGACUGUAGAAGAAAAAAACAAUUGGAUGGCUGCCUUGAUUUCUCUGCAGUAUCGCAGCACCCUGGACAGAAUGCUGGACUCUGUGUUGAUCCGAGAAGAAAAUGAACAGCCGCUGCGGUUGCCCAGCCCAGAAGUUUAUCGAUUUGUGGAGGAAGACUCGGAGGAAAACAUAGUUUUUGAAGACAGUUUGCAAAGUAGAAGUGGGAUCCCUAUCAUUAAAGGAGGAACAGUAGUGAAACUGAUUGAAAGACUAACGUAUCACAUGUAUGCAGAUCCUAAUUUCGUGCGCACUUUCCUGACAACGUAUCGUUCGUUCUGUAAGCCCCAGGAAUUACUAAAUCUAUUGAUUGAAAGGUUUGAUAUACCGGAACCAGAGCCAACGGAAGCAGACAGACUGGCCAUAGAGAAAGGAGAACAGCCAAUCAGCGCUAAUCUGAAACGGUUUCGUAAAGAAUAUGUUCAGCCAGUGCAACUCAGGGUAUUAAAUGUUUUUCGUCACUGGGUUGAACAUCACUUUUAUGACUUUGAGAGAGAUGAUGAAUUACUCGAGAGGCUAGAAACCUUUAUUUCCAAUGUGAGAGGAAAAGCAAUGAAGAAAUGGGUGGAAUCUAUAGCAAAGAUUAUCAGAAGGAAAAAACAAGUGCAAGCAAAUGGAAUGAGCCACAACAUCACAUUUGAGAGCCCUCCUCCUCCUAUUGAGUGGCACAUAAGUCGUGCUGGCCAGUGCGAGACCUUUGACCUCAUGACUCUGCACCCGAUAGAGAUCGCCCGUCAGCUGACUCUGAUAGAGUCUGAACUGUACAGGGCCGUCCAGCCAUCAGAACUUGUGGGCAGCGUGUGGACAAAAGAAGACAAAGAGAUUAAUUCUCCCAAUUUGCUGAAAAUGAUUCGUCAUACCACAAAUCUCACUCUGUGGUUUGAAAAGUGUGUUGUGGAAACGGAGAAUUCUGAUGAGAGGUUGGCUGUUUUCAGUAGAAUCAUUGAAAUCUUACAAGUAUUUCAGGACUUGAAUAAUUUUAAUGGUGUACUUGAAAUAGUUAGUGCCGUGAAUUCAGUACCAGUGUACCGUCUGGAUCACACAUUUGAGGCGUUACCAGAAAGGAAGAAGAAAAUUUUGGAUGAAGCUGUGGAACUAAGUCAAGACCAUUUUAAAAAAUACCUGGCAAAACUUAAGUCAAUCAAUCCACCAUGUGUGCCUUUUUUUGGAAUAUAUUUGACAAAUAUUUUGAAGACUGAAGAAGGGAAUCCAGACUUCCUCAAGAGACAUGGGAAAGAGUUAAUCAAUUUUAGCAAACGCCGAAAGGUGGCUGAGAUCACAGGGGAAAUUCAGCAGUACCAAAACCAGCCUUACUGUUUACGGAUAGAAACGGAUAUAAGGAAAUUCUUUGAAAAUCUCAACCCAAUGGGAAACAUGGCAGAGAAAGAAUUUUCGGACUAUUUGUUUAACAAGUCGCUAGAAAUUGAACCACGGAAUUGCAAACAGCUACCCAAAUUUCCACGGAAAACCACAUAUCCUCUGAAGUCACCAGGCAUAAGGCCCAAUAGCGGGAGACACUUAUCCUCCUCAGGCACCCUGCGUGGACACCCCACCCCACUGGAGAGAGAACCUCAUAAGAUAAGCUUCAGCAGGAUCACGGAAUCUGAGCACGAAUCUGCAGUUUCACCUCCAAUCUCUCCUAACACCCCUUCUACACCCCCAGUAUCUGCCUCAUCUUCUGAUCUCAGUGUGUUUCUAGAAAUUGAUCUCAACAGCUCUUAUAGUAGCAACAGUAUUUUUGCCCCGGUGCUUCUGCCAAAUUCAAAGUCCUUCUUCAGUUCAUGUAGUAGUUUGCAUGGACUAUAUGAGGAGUCUCUCGUUCCACCUCCAAGGCCUCCACGACCUCCACCUAAGAAGUUUGAUCCAGACACAGUCAGCCUUAUGGGAAGUUCCAGGUCAGAUGAUGAACCACCUGCCAUUCCACCCAGACCACCUCAACCUCCAAAGAUACACCCUCGAGUUCCUGCUUACACUGGGCCUUUUGAUGGACCUCUUCAUAGCCCACCACCGCCUCCACCCAGAGACCCUCUUCCUGAUACCCCACCCCCUGUACCUUUAAGGCCUCCAGAACAUUUUAUAAACUGUCCCUUAAACCUACAGCCUCCGCCAAUUGGACGUCUGCACAGAGACCAAGAAUGGCUCCGGGAGGUCAGCACAGCCCCAAACUCACCCAACACACCCCCCAGUACUCCAUCUCCCAGAUCCCUUCGGCGUUGUUGUGGUCUCAGUGCUAGUCAUAACAACCUUGCUCAUGCACCAGCUCCUCCUGUUCCUCCAAGGCAGAACUCCAAUCCACAGCUACCAAAACUGCCACCAAAGACUUACAAAAGGGAAUUCUCCCAUCCUCCUUUGCACAGACUGUCUUUGUUAGAAAACGCUGAAACUCCACAAUGACCACAGCCAUAAUAGUCUUUGACACUGGAACGGGAUCAGCAAUGUAUUAUUUUUUCCUUUUUUAUUAUUUAUUUGGAAAAUAUGGCACUGUAUUAUAGUACUUUAACAAUAAUGCUCUUACAAUAAAGUGCUACUGAUCAAAAGAGCAAAUUAAUUAAAAGACCCCUGAGAAAGAGAGCGUUUUCACACUACGGCCUUUUGAUGUUACAGCAGCAGUAACUGCCUCAGGUAGCAUUGUCUUGCCUUGGACCACAGUGCUUUCAUGUUGCCAGUACAAGAGAGUUUUUUUUUGUUAGAUUUUUCUGGCUUUUUUUUUUCUUUCAUUGUAACCUCCUGAUGCCAGAUCCAAUUGAAUAGCAGUUUUAUGAAUUCAGCCAAUUAAUUUGGAAUACUAGGAGGGUACAUGUCAUGUAUAUAUGGAGGAACACUUUUUACUUUUUUUUUUUUUUUAAUUUAAGCACUAGUGGCCUUUUUGUUUUCAAAAAUCCUACAAUGAACAAUUAGUGUCACUGAAGACUUUUUAAAGGUCUUAACGUGUACCAUCAUUCCAGUUACCGCUUCUUUUGCAGCGAAGAGGAAGGGGCGAUGCUGAACCCUGCCAAUGUGAAAGGCAUUAGAGAUGAAUAUCAGCUUUUCUUCUUUUUCUUCUCAUCUAUCAACAAGCUUGGAAAGGAGACCAGUGGAUUCCAAUUGUAAAUGAAGUGCACUACACAUUUGUUCAUAAAGAAGCACUACAUUACAUUCUGUUAACUGAAAUCAAAAGACUAGUAUUAAGCAUGCAGCGUAUUCUGAAAUGUGCCUUUAUUUUCAUUCUUUUAGCUGGCAAUCAUAAAUCAUGAAUGUACCAUUAUGUAAAAAAAAACACCAAUUACUUUUCUGUAUUUAAGGGAAUAAUUACACGUACAAAUCUGAUUAUGAAAUGACAUUUGGCUUCCAAACUUUCUAUACUAUUGGACUAUUGCAUUGUAAAGCUUAAAUGUAAAAAGCUUAAUGAGUUGCUACAAGACCAAUGGCAAUAUUAUCCUUAUUUUAAAUGUCAACAAAAAAAGUGCAAUUCUGUAAACAAUUUAUUAUAUAUAUAUAUAUAUAUAUAUAUAUAUAUAUAUAAUCCACAUAAGAAAUUAACAUUUGAACAUAGUUUUGUUGGCCCAAACUCCUCAAACACAAUGUAAGAUUCUUCCGAAACAGACUGACUAGAAUUGCACUUCGUUCAUAUGGGUUUUUUUGCAGCAUAGGCAGCAAAUGAAAACAUUAAAUAAGUGUAAUAUAUGGGGGGGAUAUAUAUAUAAUUAUUGUCUAUGGACUGCACCUCUUGUUUUGUUUUAUAAGAGGUCUUGGUUGACAGAGCAAGGUAAGAAAAUCUUCUGGUUGUUAUUUUGCUGUGUCACUAUUUUCCCCCCAAGUAUAUCGGCCUUUGCUAAAUUAAAGCAAUUCUUUGUUGCAUAAUUUUACACAUUUGACCAUAGUAUGUUAAUUUGUGUUUCUAUCAUCGUCAAUUUUUACAGCUCCCUCCUGGCGAAUGUCAUCUAUCUUGUGGGUUAUCUUCUGCUUAAUUCUGUAUAUGAAUAGGACAAUGGUUCAUUCUAGUGGCAACCAUGGCCACACUGACCUGAGGUGUCACAUGAUUUGUAGGAUUCAAGCAGUGUUUGUAAACAUCUACUAGCCACGUUUUAUUUCCUGACCUGUGGCCUUUUACUGUGCUUUGUAUCAGUGUUCUUAACAAAUGUAAUAAAAAAAACUCUUAGUCUUA